UACGAUUGUUAAAGAUGGCGCUGGAAGUGGAAUGGGUAUGGAGACUUAGCUAAAUAGAAGCUAGUAACAGGUUUACCAAAAUAUAAAAAUAGCAUGCUGGAAAGCAGUCUACAACCUCCGAAUUAAUCUGAAAUAAAAAAAGAUAAUGGAGAUGCGAGGAAUAGAGCACCUUUUUGACUUCCAGAGGUUUCCGAAUGAAGGACUUCCCCUGGUGCUACUUCUGUUGUACGCCCCUGUUGGCCUGGCUUUGAUGUUGUUGAGAAUAUUUAUCGGCGUACACGUGUUUUUAGUCAGCUGCGCCCUUCCAGAGAGUUUUGUAAGAAGAUUCAUUGUGAGGAUCAUGUGUUCCAUGCUCGGUAUGUACGUCAAACAGAACGACCCAAGAUUACGAGAUGGAAACGUCAAACUCUACAUCUCCAACCAUGUCACACGGUUCGACCACAACAUUAUCAACCUUCUGACUUCUUGUAACACUCCCAUGCUCGAAGGUUUGCGGGGUUUCAUGUGCUGGGCACGGGGGUACAUGGAGCUUGGCACCGUAACGAGACGGAUGGAGCUUGUGGAAGCCUUGCAGAGGUACUGUUCCACACCUGGUGUUCCGCCCCUGCUACUCUUCCCUGAGGAGGACACUACCAACGGCCAUGCUGGUCUCCUCAAGUUCAGCUCCUGGGCCUUCUCCCUGACCGAAUCUGUUCAGCCGGUGGCCUUGUUUGUGAAGCGGCCACUUCUCACCGUGAAUACAGCCGAAUCAUCAUGGGUGGCCGAACUGUUAUGGACCCUGUUCGUCCCGUUCACAGUGUACCAAGUAAGGUGGCUUCCUACUGUGUCCCGACCAGAUGCAAAGGCGCCACAAGAGUUUGCCGAUAGAGUUCAGGAGCUCCUGGCUAUUGAGCUGGGUGUGGUGUCCACACAGUUUACCAAAGCAGACAAAGCUGAACACAUCAAAAGGAAAAGACAUGUUCCGCCUCGGGCAACAAACUCGAAUCUUGGUGCUAGACCUCGGACCUCUCCUCUCGGUUCAGUGGGGCUCAGUUCUGGGACAGAGGACCGCCAAAUUGCCGGAAUGGCUCUACAGGUGAAAGAGGUGCUCCCCGAUAUCCCACUCAGCGUCAUCACAAGGGACCUGGUUCAGACAAAUUGUGUGGACACCACCAUCACCAACCUGCUGGAGUGCAGUGAGGAGGCCCUGGAAGAAGCCUUCGCUGGGGCCCAGUCAGGCCUGUCCCGGGGCCCUCGAUCCCCUGCUGCUCUACCUGUUUCCAUCAUCAAGCCAGCUGCUAAAACCUUUGGGAAGUCUCCCAUUGACAGGCACAUGUCCCUGAAGGAAAGGAAAGAAGCCUUGUAUGAAUAUGCACGACGACGUUACAUUGAGAAACAUGGACUGAAAAAGGAAAAUGACCUAUGAGUUUGGAGCCAGUACGAACAAGAGGACUCUAGAAAGACGGCCAUCAAUAUUAGCUGUAUUGACCUGUGCAGUGAGAGUCCACAGAUUCCUGCAAACAGAAAUCCUCGUCUCAACCUCAGUUAGGUGUGUGCGUGUGCGUGUGUGUGCAGGCGCGCGUGCGUGAGAGAUACUGUACUACUGGAAAAUUCAGUGGCUUUUUUUCAUAUCUUGCAUGGUUACCAUGCAUGCAUCUUUUUAAGCAUUUCUCUCUAUAAAUAAGAUUAUUUUGGUAACAGUUUGUAUUAAGACGCAGUGACCGUGACCGUUAUUUUUUACAAUGUUCAAAAGUGGUGUGAGACCGACAUGCAGGGUUUAGCCUUGCCGAUAUUGAAUGGAGUACAUCUUGAGGUUCCUUAUUGUCGUAAAGAUGGGUGUGAAUAAGUACAGUAUCAGCUUUUAAGACAUUAAAGCCAACAAUUUGAAAAUGCAUACAA